GGUCUCGCGAUAGUCUAACGUUGACGUGCCAAAGAAGGGGCCCUUCCACGUCUUUGCUUUGACCUUAAAGAUGUCGUUCUUCUGCAGCUGGAAAUUCAUGCGACGAGGGCUCAUACAACCACACAGGAAAGCUAAGGACUGAAUUAAAUGAUGUGGUUUAUGAGUUUUCUUUGGAAGCUGUGCCCUGGAUGGAGGCUAAUGGCACCUGUGAGAAGCGGGGAGGACGGCUUCUUGGGGCCCUGAACUGUAGGCUCAAAGACGCUCUUCAAGACAUGAUAGCAGCAAGACGAAGAAGGUCUGAGGCCUGGUGGGUGGGCCAGAGCCUGAUGGGGAAAUAUGAGGAGAAUCCAUUUAAUGGUGAAUCUACAGAGAAGGCAGACAAGCAGGGGAGAGAGGCAGCACCUAGCAAGGAAAACACUACAGUGGGGAAUACUCUGGACAAAACAUCCUACUACUGCUCAUACAUGAUCAUGGAUCCAUUCAAAGUGGCGACCACACAGUAUUGCACCAUGAACCUCUCCUACAUCUGUCAACUGGAUCUGAAACCCUCAACACAACUUCAGGCUGCUGACAACACUAGUCAGAGAUUGAUUCAUCGGACCAAACGGAGCACACCUGCAGGUCAGUGAGAUCAUUUAGCUUUUUUAUUUAGUAUACAAUUUAUGGUUAGGUUUAAUUACAGGGAAAACACUCAUCC